AUGCCCCCCAGGACACUCGCCUUCGACCUCGGACGCCGCGGCAGUAAUUAUGUGUGCAAGUCCUGCCUCGAGAGCGUCCGAUCCGUCCCAAACAACACCCCGCCAUGGCUCGCGAGGCCCGUCUCCAAUGCCGCCCGGCGCGCAGCCCGGCAACCCCCAAAGAAAAAGACACCCAAACAACCCGAAGGCGUCCCCGACCUUGGAACCCUCCAGAAAAUGCUCCUCGAAGACUACCCACACCCACCAUCCACAUCCGCCACAACACCCCUACUCUCCGCGCCCCCUGCCCCGGGCACGAACACGGACACGGACACGGGAAAGGGCGGCGAGCUCGACGUAAACUACUUUGAGCAGGACGGGCCCGGCGGCAAGCUCCGACGACUACGCGACAAAGAAGAGUUCGCUGAAGUCAGCACAGGCUUAGACGCCGAGAUCUCGACGGCAAUCACCGACCUAGAACACAAGAUGCUACGCGCAGCAGAGAUGUUGCAGCGCAUGGAAAAGACCCCCGGCGGGCACGACAAGGACCGCGCCGAGGAGCUGCGCCGGCGGUUCAAGCGGUCGCUGCGCGUGCAGUACAAGGGCAAGAUCGGUCCCGAGGCUAAAAAGCCCCAGGUCCUGCAUAUCACGGGCUUCACCAGCCGGCAGCGGGCCGUGGCGAUUCUUAAUGCGUAUCUGGCGCGUGAUAGUGUGACCACAACCGGGGUGCCGCGGCAGCGGGAUGUGACGGAGUCCUGGCGGUACUACUCGGCUGCGCGGCGGACGCUGUCGACGAAUUGGCGCGGUGUGCCGCGCGCCGUGUGGAAUUUUCUGUGGAGGGUGCUGUCGUGGGAGGGGGACGGGAUCGAGAACCCGCAUCGGUUGUCUCAUUUGUAUGUGCUGGCGAAGGACAUGCAGGCGGCUGGGGUGCCGCUGCGGUACUCGCAGCAGCUGGUGACGAUGGAGGCCAUGUUUGUGGAAGGGUGGGAGAAGGAGGCGAUCGAGGCGUGGAAGAAGGCGGUGGUCACGCUGGGGUCGAAACCGGAGGUGUUUGCGGAGUACUGGGAGCUGGGCGUGCGCAUGUGCAGCCAGCACGGCGAUAUUGACCGGGCGGAGCGGGCGGCCGAGACGCUGCUGCGGUCAGCGCAGCCGCCCAACCCGCGCGUGCUCAUGCCCAUCAUCGAGGCCACGGCCGCCAAGCACGGCAUGAUCGAGCACGCGUGGGAGACGUACACGCACAUGCGCACGCUGCUAGGCGAGACCAUCACCAUCGAGGACCACGACGCCGUUAUCGCCAUGUUCCUCGCCGCGGGCCACGUCGACCACGCCCUCCAGGCAUUCGCCGACAUGAUGUUGUCCAAGUCGCACGACGUGAUCGGCAAGGGGACCCUGCCCAUGGCCAUCGGCAACCACUUCUUCCUCGGCAAGUGGCUGAAGCGGCUGAUUGGGGCUGGCGACCUCGAGGGUGCGUACAAAGUGGUGGUUUACAUGCAGGCGCACCGGGUCACACCCGCGCCGAUCCAGCUCAACGGGCUCAUCGGCGCCUGGCUGCGGCGGGGGUCAGCCGAGGACCUGGAGAAGGCCGACAAGCUCGCGUGGGGCAUGAUCCGUGCCCGGCUGCGGUUUGUUCUCCUGCGGCACCAUCGAAGGGGCCAGCGGCUGUUCCAGAAAGCAGGCCUAGAACCAGACCGCGAUGCGGGCGCCGAAACUGAUGCCGAAACGGGAUACGUCUGCCGCACGCGAGCCACCGUCGAGACGUUCUGCCUGCUGGCCGAAAACUACUGCUCCCGCCGGCUCCACGAGCGCGUCAAGAACCUCUUCGACGUGAUGCGCCAAGCCGAAACCGUCCCCGACAGCUUCCUCAUGAACCAGCUGAUCCGAUCCUACUCCAACAACCGCGAAGCCGACGUCGCCGCCGAGCUCUACGAAACCAUGACCAAACACCAACACAUCACCCCCGACGGCCACACCUUCCUCACCCUCUUCAACAGCCUCUCGGUCAACCGCCUCGUCCAGCGCGACCCAGCCCUCACGCACCAAGACAUCCCCGCCGCCCGACACUUUUUCCACGAAAUGGUCACCGCCAACUGGACCUUCGACUCCCCCGAACUCUUCGUCCAACUGCCCCGCACCAUCCUCUUCAGCUUCCACAAAACAAAGGACUUCCGCGGCAUGAUCGUCGCCGCCCGCGCCAUGCGCUCCCUCUUCGGCUUCCACCCUCCCGAAGCCCUCCUCAUCGAACUCGCCGCCGGCGCCGGCUCCGGCGCAGGCACAGGCAUGGGCAUGGGCGUCGGGUCGCUGCGCGUGCGCAGCAAGGGCAACAUGGACCGGUUGGUGCGGGCGCGGCGCACGGUGGAGAUGCUGGUGCAUCAGUGUCGGAAUGCGCUGGUCGCCAUGACGGGGCGGCCGCAUCCGGCGGAGGAUGAUAUGACGGAGGAGGAGCGGGCUGAUGAGCAGUGUGAGGUGUUGGAGAUGUUGAUUUUGUUGAAGGCGGGGGCGCAGGAUAUGCCGGCGGAGGAGGUGAGGCCGUUGUUGGAGGAGGCUGCGGGGGAGAUGGGGGUGUGGGAGGUGGUGUUUGGGGGGGAUCGGGGGGCUGUGGAGAGGUUGAGGAAGAUUGGGAAUAUGGUGGUGUGA